AUGCCUGCCGGUGUAUCAACCAAGGAGUAUGUGAAGUUCAUGGCAGCAGCUUUACUGUCGAUGUUUGCCGGCUCGCAGGUCGUUCAUACUUACUAUAAACCGCUGCAGGAUCUCACCAGUUAUGUGGAACAGGAAAUAAAGAGUCAACAUUUGACGGAUGUGAGCCAACCCAAGGUGCAAAACAACAAUGGUGGAUUGAAAUAGAAAUAUAUUAAUUCCAGUUUGUAUAAUAUAGUUUAAUGCAGCUCUCCAA